AACAAAAGCACACUUGAACAAAUUUAAAUAAAACAGAUCUAAAUUUACAGCUAGCAAAGUAAUGGUGGUUUCAUUUUCCUCUCUUGGUUCUUGUUUUACUUUGUGACUAAAGAGAGUUAGGGCGGUGUGUGUGUGUUUUAACUUUUUUUCCCUAUUUCUCUGGGCCCCCAUUGAAGAGAUGGAUGAAAACAAAGGAGAUACCACCAAGAAACAACCACAGCAACAUUUAUCCAACUCUCCAGCUGACCCUCAUGAUCAAGAUUCACCCGAUAAUACUAUACUGCAACAGCAACAGCAACAGCCGCAGUCGGUGGUUUCCGGUGCUCCUUAUAUUUCUUCUUCUCUCUAUAAUAUACCUGGUGGUGCUGCUACCACUUCAGUUUCUUUCGAACAACAACAGCAGUUUGAAGUUGUGAAUACUAAGCGGCCUAGAUAUACUGCAAGUCAAUGGAAAUUCAUACCUUCUUCUGCUCAGCAGCAACAUCAUCAGCAGCAGAAGACCAGUAUGCUGAGCGCCGAGUCGAGUCCAAUAUCUCCUUCGGCCCACACCAUUGCCACCAAUCCGCAAACUCAACAGGCUGCGUCAUCUUCAGACACGGCUUCUUCUCCUUCCCACUCACCUCGGCCUUCUUCUGCCUCGGGGCAAGAGCCAAGCAAGAGUGAAGGAGGAGAACAAGUUCACCAACAAUUUAGGAAAGGGAAAUAUGUGAGUCCGGUUUGGAAACCUAAUGAGAUGUUGUGGCUAGCUAGGGCUUGGAAAAUUCAGUACCAAGGUGGUGGUGGGUCAUCAUCAGAGCUUGGAAAUCUAGAAGGUUCUCCAGGGAUAGCGGGGAGCGGCACUGCAGCAGCUGGCAGAGGCAAAACGAGAGCCGAUAAAGAUAGAGAAGUGGCUGAGUUCCUCAACAGGCAUGGAGUUAACAGAGAUGCUAAAACUGCUGGGACCAAAUGGGACAACAUGUUGGGUGAAUUCAGAAAAGUCUACGAAUGGGAAAGAGGUGCUGAGAGAGAACAAAUUGGGAAGAGUUAUUUUAGGCUUUCCCCUUACGAAAGAAAGAUUCAUAGAUUGCCUGCUUCAUUUGAUGAAGAGGUGUUUGAAGAAUUAUCUCAGUUUAUGUGCCCAAGAAUGAGAACUCCUCAAACUAGAAUUGGUACUCAGCCCAAUAUCAGUGACGACAUUCGUACACCUCCUACUGUUACCAAGUCAUUGCCUCCCCCUCCACCCUUCAGGGAAGACGAACUUCCUCUCUCUGGAAGAGCAAAACAGUUGGUAAUGCCGAGUGGAACAGAAACAUUAAUUCAUGGAACGAGAGGUGGGUUCUUAGGGUUUGAAUCGCCAUCUUCUUCGUUAGAUAUUAUUGGGGGCGGUCCAUCUUCAUCCACAUCAAAGGAGCUUCGGCGAAUCGGCAAGAUUAGGAUGAUAUGGGAGGAAUCAGUGAGCCUGUGGGCUGAAGAAGGCGAGCAUCACAGAGGUAGAGUAAAGCUACAAGGUUCAAGUUUUUUAAACGCAGAUGAAAUUACAUUCUUGGAUGAUUCUAUGGUUGCUAGCACUAUGGAAGCCUUUGAAGAUGGGCCAAUGAAAGGUUUUUCCGUUGAUAGAUUCCCAUCUGGAGUACAACUCAAAGUCUUUGGCAGGAGAAAAUCCUCUUCAGCUCUUGCUCCUCCUGGUUCCCAUGAAAGAUUGCAACUUCCCUCUUCCGAAUUUACCAUCAGAUCAACUGCUCCUUGGGAAUUUCAAGAUCCGACUGAGUAUUACGUUGGGUGUCUUAGAUCUCCUCCACCUACACUUCCAAGCUUGUUUGAGCUCUCGUGGCAUUUGCAACAGCCACCACCGGAGGAACUCCGUUUCCCGCUCCGGCGAGACGUGUUCAAAGACUUGCCCCAAGGGAAAGAACUAUUUUUCACAACGUCAACUGAGCUAUUAGAUUGUAGGGGCAUCACUUAUGAUGUCUUGACCUCUAUUAUGCGCUCAAACCCUAGCCUCACUGCUGCAACCGCAACCGAUAGAGACUCUUACAUUGGCCUUUGGGAUGAUUGCAUCAAUAGGAUCAUAUCCAAGUUUUGUUCCAUUGAAAUGGUAUUCGUACGGAAAUCUUCGUCGUCUCUUGCGGAAACCGUGCAAGAUCAAUGGCCCAACGUUACUGCUUUCUUGAGGAAUUUUUGCUUGUGGAGAGGAGAGGAAACUGAUCAGUUAAGAGAAGGUCAACCAGAUCCAUCCUCUUUUAUAGUAGAGAAAUUGUUUUGGACUUACAUGGACCUUCCUUACGUGUUAGGUUAUUAUGCCAUUGGAUUUAUCGUUACUUUCUGUGCCUUAAGCCGAUCACAGGACCGUAUCAUCCGAACGGAUCUUUACACGGUGGAUCUCUCAACGCCAGUAGAGAGACUAAAAGCUUUAGUCCCGUGUUGGAGAAUUGCCGGAUUAUUACCAUUAUUAGCGGAUAAAUGCUUCCACUACAUGAGCAGUAACGGGAGCAACUUUAAACAUCUUCCGUACACUGAUUUUGAGCGAACAGAUUUGGGCAAUGGAAAUUUUGUGGAGAUGACUCCGAAUACCGUGGUUCGAUAUUUUUCUAGUAGGAGAAAAUGGUUGGCAGUAAAAGAAAUAUACGAUUUUCUUGACCAUAGAAUCCCACACGCAGAAUUUGUUGUUAGGGCAUCGGAAAAGGAUCUCGCAUUGGUCUUCAAGCCUAGAGGUUGCAAGUACAAGCCAACAAAUUGCGAUCAACUAAUAGAAGCAUUGAAACAAGUCACAAAAGCACUAGUUGCACUACAUGAUCUUUCAUUUAUGCACAGAGAUUUAGGAUGGGAUAAGGUCAUGAGGAGAAGCGACAGAGAGAACGAAUGGUUCAUAACAGGUUUUGACGAAGCUGUAACCGCACCGCAGCUGUAUCCUCACGGAGGAGCGACGACGACAACGGGGAGCGGAAGACAUCCGCCCGAGAUGGGAAGGAAUUAUCACGGAGUGAAAGUGGAUGUAUGGGGAAUAGGUCAAUUAGUGAAGAGUUGUGGAUUAGUAGGGGUGCCAAAAUUGUUGAGAGAAUUGCAGAAUAGGUGUUUGGACCAUAACCCGGAGCAAAGACCGACGGCAGCUGACUGCUAUCGCCACUUGUUACAGUUGCAGUCUUCAAUGUCUGCAGCUGCCGCCGGAGGGUAUUGACAAGUGAUUCUUCUGAUGUGUAUGUGAUUGAUGCGUAUUUAUUUUAAUAUUCCAUGCACUUUUUUUUUUCUUUAUUCCUUGCAAUGAAUUCAAGCCACGUAA